CCCACUCUGUUCAUCCUCCUUUUGUUAGUCCCUCCCCGCGUUAAAGAGCCCCGCGUUCCGCUGCGGGAGCCGCAGUAGAGCCGGCGCCUCCUUGAGUGUCAAGCGGCGCCAUUGGGCAGCGGGGGCGCCCUCGUCUCUCCCUGGUUUCCAGCCCGCGGUGCCACCCUUGCUCCUCUUCAGCUGCUCCUUCGGCUGGAUGCCGCUGAGCUCGGGUUCCCGGCCGUCUCCUCCACGACCUCCACCGUCGUCUCCUCCGCUUCUCCUCCUCCGCCUUCCCGCUUCGCCUUCGCGCCGCUGUCGUUGUUAAGCCCGGGGUGGUGGUGGUGGUGGUCCAGACGGAGUGCCCGCGUCAGAAGCCGGGCGGCGGCGACUGUGACUUGGGGGGCCCCCCACGAUGUUCGACAAGACGCGGCUCCCUUAUGUGGCGCUGGAUGUCAUAUGCGUGAUAUUGGCUGGCUUACCCCUUGCUGUUCUAAACUUGGCAAAAAUAAAGCCGUAUCAGAGGGGCUUUUUCUGUAAUGAUGACAGCAUCAAGUACCCGUUCCAUGACAGUACCGUCACAUCCACUGUCCUCUACACAGUGGGCUUCACUCUGCCCAUUUGCUCUAUUAUUAUUGGAGAGGCGCUAUCUGUGUAUUACAACCGUUUGCACUCCAAUUCAUUUGUGCGAAACAACUAUAUUGCAGCCAUUUACAAAGCGAUUGGGACAUUCAUUUUUGGAGCAGCUGUCAGCCAGUCUCUGACAGACAUUGCCAAGUACUCUAUAGGUAGACUGAGACCUCACUUUCUGGCAAUAUGUGACCCAGAUUGGCCGAAGAUCAACUGCAGUGCAGGCUACGUUGAGAACUUCAUAUGCCGCGGAAACAAAGUAAAGGUUAAUGAGGGGAGGCUGUCAUUUUACUCUGGACAUUCUUCAUUCUCCAUGUACUGCAUGCUGUUCCUAGCACUUUAUCUUCAAGCCAGAAUGAAAGGUGACUGGGCAAGACUCCUGCGUCCUACAGUACAGUUUGGUCUCAUUGCAGCAUCCAUCUAUGUGGGCCUCUCUCGUGUUUCUGAUUACAAGCAUCACUGGAGUGAUGUCCUGACUGGACUUAUCCAGGGAGCACUGGUAGCUGUGCUUAUUGCUGUAUACGUAUCUGAUUUCUUCAAAGAAAGGGGUCGUGCAUUUAAACAGAAAGAAGAGGAAGACUCACAUACAACAUUACAUGAGACACCUACUAAUGGGAAUCACUAUGGCAGUAAUCACCAGCCAUGAGAGAAUUGAGUUGUUACUCUGUGGCUUCUCUUGCUCUCUAAAUUUGAUAUUUUGCAAGUUUUCUGGCCUAUGUAAAAAAAUAAAUUAAAUGCCUUUUGAAGGGA